AUGUCUGCCGAUCUACUAGCAGAAUUUGGCCAGGCCCCUGCUCCAGCCAGUGGUUCUUCUGGCCAGCAGAACAAACAGAGUUCAUUCUUGGAUGACUUGAACCAAGAGAAUAUCGAUUUCUUCGGAGCACCGGCAAGUGCUUCGCAGCACAGAGCUGCGGAUCCUAUCCCGAAGGCAGCUGGGAACCAUCCCGCAGGUCAAACCCCCUGGGGAUCCCAUUCUCAACCGCAAUUUGAUUUACCACUGCAUCAAAACAGUGAUUUAUUGUUCGAUGCAGCAUUCGAUGCUCCAGCAAGUGAUGCGGAUGACGACUGGGGUGAAUUUGAGGGACCAGAGUCUACUUCCCAGCAGGUUCCGAGGCCAACAGCUCCAUCCCAACCAUCAUCAGUAGCUACAUUUCCAAGAUCACAAGCUUCAUGGCCUCAGCGAGACGCUUUCGGGGCAUCAAUAUGCGACACCGCACCAACGCUGAACCAGGAAACAAAAACUCCUCGAAAGAAGCAACCUUCUCAACCUAAUGAUCAGACGCAAUCGACAUGGGAUGAUGACUCGUUUGGUGACUGGGGUGAGUUCGCCGACGCACCCGCUAGCAAGCCUCCGCCAAAGGUCUCUGUAAAAAAGGCAAAACCACCUGUCAAAUCUAGCAAACUCCCGGCAUCAACCUGGGAUGAGGACGCCUUUGAUAGUUGGGGUGAUUUCACGGAUGGACCCAGUGCACCACCAGCUCCCGAAUCGAAUACUCCUUCGUCAACAGUCACGAGUCCAGCUCCCCGAAGCUUCUUUUCUGGAAGCUCGGCAUCGUCACCGACCGUUCGCCCAACAAAUAUUCCACCGCCAUCUGUACUUCUCGAAUUGUUCUUAGAUGUGUUUGAAGAUCUACACAAGGAGGCUACACAGGUCAAAGCUCAACUACGAUCAUCGCCUUCAGGCACAACCAACCUUUCCGCGACUGCAUCAAAUAUCCACAAUGCGCUUGAAUCAGCUGCCCGCGUGAUUGCAGGGCGAACUCUCCGCUGGAAACGGGACACAAUUCUCAGCCAGAGUAUGCGAAUCGGCCCUGCUCGUUCCGGGAAAGCAGGUGGCAUGAAACUCAACAGCGUGAACAAACAUGAGAACAUCAAAGAAGAACAAGAUGCUGUCAAUGUCCUUAGUCUUUGGCGAGAACGGGCGGCGGUCUUCAGUGCUGUUCUACAAGCCGCAGGCCACCGACCGAUUCCCGCGGUCCCGGACUCCAGUGCGCUCAAAGUCAUUGUGGCUCGGUCGGACCAAGGAGCGUUGAAAGCUUCCCAUUCCUGUGCACUAUGUGCGCUCAAAAGAGACGAGCGAGUAUUACGGGUGGAUGAAUUGGAUGUACAAGAUAGUUUUGGCGAGUGGUGGACAGAACAUUGGGGUCACACCCAUUGCCGACAGUUCUGGGAGACAAAUGUCCAUCUCCUCGGGCAACGAUAA